AAGAAAAAAAUAAAUAAAAAUAUCGUUUGUAAUUUUAACGAAUAAAAAUUCCGGCAGGGUGCGCGACGGGCGGUUAGCACGUCGUCGGAUUAAUGGCUUCCCUUUGUUGCUAAGGUGGUUCGAUCGGGUUUAUUAACGUCAGUACGAGAAGGAACGGUGCCGGAAUUCUCUCGGAUAUGAACGCAUUAAGUCUGUACGUAAGAACUUGUAGGCGAAUCUUACAGUGGAGUGGCGACGAGCAUCCGGGAGACAUCGAUCGCUUGCUGUUGUUCCUUCGUCAGGCGCUCUCGUGCUGCGUGUGCGAUCAUCUGCCCGUCGUGCCCAUGUCGUCGACCACGUCGUCGUGCCAACAUUCCGUCUGCAAGUCGUGCAUCGGGGGCAAGAUGAAGAUCAAACCCUCGUGUAGCUGGUGUAAGGACUAUAGCAAGUACAGCGAGAACACCCAUCUCAGAAUAUUGCUUCAAUUGUACAAGAAACUAUGCGAAUAUUGCGCCAGCGUGUCGCUUCCUCUCAAAUUCUCGCAGCUGAGCGACGCGACCAACGUCGACUUGGCCGAACUGGUGCGAGAAGGAGUCUCCCUCCCCGACUCCGCCGAGUGUUUACCUUCCGCGGCGACAGAUGGCGCUACUUCGCAACAGCUUCCCGUUCCCCCUCCUCCGGUGGUCAACGGCGAGACUAAGGAACUGUCCAAUGGAGUCUACAGCGUCACCGUCUCCGAAGACAACUCCAACAAGAUCAUGAUCAAGAGGACGGCCGCCGACGUCAACAACGAAGUCGACGUCUCGUGCAAGAAGUCCAGAUCCUCCUCCUCCUUCAGGAGCGCCAAGUCUAGGUUAAAGAAGAAGGGGUGCAGGUGCGGUCUGGCCACCCCCAAUCCCGGAAAGUUGACCUGUUGCGGGCAGAGAUGCCCCUGUUACGUGGGCAGCAAGGCGUGUUACGAGUGCCGCUGUCGGGGAUGCAGAAACCCUCACAAAGCGGAGGAUGUGGAUCAGAGGGGGGAGGAUGCUACCAAAUCGCGUCAGCAACCGGCGCAAAACGAAGACACGAGCGACGUCGACGUCGACGGUUAAAAAAAAAAAAGUUGCAGGCAAAUUUACUCUUUAAAUGGUUAAUCGAAGGUUUUAUAAAUUUGUAAACCGUCUUAAAAAUUAAUUUUUUGAUGAAAUUUUAAACAAAAAGAAUACAGCGCGAGAAGUCUCUCGGAGGCGCAUGCAAUGCAACCUUCGUAGAGUUCUGCCAUAUCUUAUAUCGGGCGAGGGGGCACUCGGUCGACCAUUUGAAGAGUAUUUUUUACACGAAUGAAUUUUAAUUAAUUGUUGUUCAUCAUGAAUUAUUUUAAAAGAAAAUCCGCAAUAUUUUAACGCGAUCAGAGUGCGGACGUCACUGAUAUUUCCGCUUCAUCCCGUUAAUGACGAAAACGUCUACGUCACUGUUAUUUUCGUGCGGUGAAAUUCGUCUCUUCUCUGCAUUCGUAGCGUGUGUGCCUUGGGGGGUGUUGUCGACCGAGUCCAUAACAGAUUCAUUGUGAUAUUCAUAUUUUAAUAAACCAUCGCAUCGUUCAACAAACUACAAAAAGAAACAAAGCUAUUCGAGUGUUCCUGAUCGGAAACAGCCCAAAAAAACAAACAAAAAUCGAGCACUUUAUGUACACUUAUCAGUUCAAUAAAUAGUUAUUGCC